CUUUUGCCAAUUCGACCAGUUACUUGGCAGAACACUAGUUCUGCCCGCUACACUACCGGGUCACGGUUUCCAAAAUCAGCUAGGAUCUAACAACGUCAAGCAUUUAGGCAUUCAUAAUUCAACCGCUCCAAUGAUUGCACCGGAAGGGAUGAUAUAAUCCAAAAGUCCUGAUUCAUUCACAAGCUGAUCACGGCGAGCUAUGGCCAUAAAUACAGUUCACGUCCAUAUCAAGAAAGUUAGCUUGAUAUCAUCUUCGGACUUGCAAGGCUUUCAAGUUGGACUAGCAGAAUGGAUGCCUCACAUUCUUCUCGUGUACCAAGCGAAACCAUGCCUCUGAUCCCAGAAGGGGCCUCGAAAAAGUCUAAAACACCUCUUCCAAAAUUCCAGAUAGGCAUACUUAUGACUUUGCGACUUGUCGAACCUAUCGCUUCAAUGUCCAUAUUCCCUUAUAUCAAUCAGCUUAUUAGAGAGCUUGACAUCACUGGUGGUGACGAUGCGGCUGUAGGAUAUUACGCUGGAAUCAUUGAAUCUCUGUUUUUCGUCGCACAGACACUGACCGUGCUGAGAUGGAGUCAGUUGUCUGACCGUAUUGGACGCAAGCCAGUACUGCUAGUGGGAUUAUCAGGGACUUGCAUCUCGAUGCUAUGUUUCGGUCUCUCGACGACAUUCUGGGGCCUUGUCAUUAGCCGCUGCAUGUGCGGUGUACUGAAUGGCAAUGUUUCAGUCAUGAAGACGAUGGUGGGCGAAUUGACGGACCCUACGAAUAUGGCCCAGGGUUUUGCCUUGUUUCCAGUAAUGUGGUGCAUCGGAGGCUUUGUGGGUCCUUUAAUUGGUGGGACGCUCGCGCGUCCACAAGAUAACUGGCCCAGAUUAUUCGCUCAUCCAUUUUGGAGCAAAUACCCAUAUUUUUUACCUUGCGCAGUGUCUGCUUGCGGGAUUGUAAUAGGCUUUUUCAUCCUGUUAGUUUUCUUAGAAGAAACAUUAUCAACCAAGCGUCGACCAAAGUUGACAGCGACUACUCUAGGCAUUUCAAAUGGUAUCAACAGUGAUGAUCGAGAAGGCGUUUUACAAACAUCUAACAUGCCCAUGCGAUCUCUGCUCACACCUACCGUUGUCGUUGCAAUUGCAAACUACGCCAUGCUCGCCUUGCUCGACAUGGCUCUCAUGGCUCUUUUUCCGCUGUUCUUGUCUACGCCUAACUAUCUUGGCGGCCUUGGUUUUACUCCUUCUCGUAUUGGCUUGUGGAUGGCGGUGCUUGCAAUCACGAAUGGUAUCUUUCAGGCACUGUUCUUCGCCAAAAUUGUCGAUUGGGUUGGUCCAAAGCGUCUCUUCUGUGUGUCCGUGUCGUGCUUCACGCCAAUCAUGCUCAUGUUUCCAAUCAUGACGUGGCUUUUACACACAAGGGGGAUGGUUGAUCACGCAAUCACAUUUACAUUGAUCAGCCAACUAGCGCUGAUGAUUAUAUGGGAUAUGGCAUACGGGACUAUAUUCAUGUUUGUCACGACCUCUGCCCCUGCGAAAAAUUCCCUUGGCGCUGUGAAUGGUCUUGGUCAAACCUCGGCGUCAAUGGCUCGUGUUGUUGGACCUACAUUUGCAACUUCGCUUUUUGCAUUCUCAAAGGAGCACAAUAUCCUCAACGGGAAUGCAGUAUAUGUUGUUUUGAUUGUGCUUGCUGGUGUAUUGAGGUGGUUAGCGUCACAAUUGCCAGAUGAAGAUAGGGAUGAGUGAUUCACAAGGUAACCAGCGAAAAAUGUGUAUGCAUCGCUGUCCAAAGUGCCCUGCACUCAUACGUUCACAUUCGUUCUAGACUCAUGAUGUAGAGUUUCAUUUAACUGCAUCACGUUCAAUGGUGCGACUGGUUACGUACUAUCCUCUGCCAAAUUCUCAUAUCUUUCUCGACAUCUAGAAUUCGGAGUCAGGUUAUUCGAUUAGUGUCUCAUUGUAGACUCGUAGCAGGCGAAGUGAGGAGUUUGAAAUUUGGCAGAUACCAGUAUGCCGCUUCCACGUAAAUUCUUUCGUUCGAACUUCGUACCGUGAAAAGUACGGUAUCCUCUCAAAUACAACAGUACAUCGCGCCGUAGCACUAAUCAUUGAUUAGGGCAACAUGUCAGAAAGUAAUGAUAUGAGGCAUCUGAGCU